AUGGACAAGGUGUAUGUUACGGGGAUGAAGGGGCUGCGGACUGAGAUGGUAACCUUCAUCAAGAAUCAAGUCGCGCUCAUACGGUCGGGCCGAUGCGUAGUUGCGGCCGACGCCUGUGACGACAACGGCGUGGAGGUUCCUUCGGCAUCCCAAGCAGUAGGUGCCGCCCCCACUGUCGCUGAUGCGCGUGGCACGUCGAUCGGAAAGCCGGGAGGCGGCGUCAACGAGGACGAAGCAGCGGCAGGAAAGGGGGUGACCGGGACCAAUGAGAGGCAGCAGGACGAGGUUGGCCAUGAGGAUGAUGAUCGGGUCCAUGAUCUUGAGGAGGAGGGGGGCUCAGAGGAGUCGACGUCGGAGUCGGAGUCGGGGUCGGAGGAGGAGCAGGAGGCUCAGGAUCAGGAGGAGCAGCAGGGGAAGCAGCACGAGGAGGAGCAGGAGAUGGAGGUGAAGGACGUGGAAAUGGAGGAUUACGGGGCUGAAGGAGCGGCAGAAAUGGGAGAGAGAUCGGCGGAGGUCGAGCACGAGAAGGGGGAGGGGAAGGGUGCGUCAGCGGAGCUCGGAAUGGAGAAAGUUGUCGGCGUGGAGGCGGCUCACGGGGGGAGUGGGAUGGUCGUGGUCGGCGAUGGGACGGACGUUGUCGACCACGAGGCCGUUGGACAUGGGGAUAUCGCCGCGGCCACGAAGCAGACGGGCGUGGAAGUGCCUACCGAUGCCACCGCAGAGAAGGCCGAGGGGGAGCGGUCUAGGAAGAAGAAGUCGGCGAGCGGUCAUCCCGGUUCCACCGCAGCUGGGCGGCAGGCGCGGGUGGACAUCGUCGAGCAGCUGAGAGCGGAAAACAGGCGAUUGCGUGCCGACAAUGCACGCCUUGAACGGCAGCUCGGUGAGCAGACGGGGCGGGUCGACGAGUUGGCAACGCCCGUAGCUGGGCUCCUCGACAAGCUGAAAGAUUUGACCGCCAAGGUCGCCGAAACCGACCGGAAAUCGGUGGAGCGCCUCAAAGAGGCCACGUCGACCAUGGCGACCACAAUCACCGAGGGCCUCACCGACAACAUGGACAGCGCAAUUCAAUCGGGCAAGUCUUUUGCCGAGCUAGCGAGGCAGAUGUUGCUGGAUAUUGACGACCCCAACGGACGAAUGGCGGUCGCGCGCGCGACCGCGGUGGACACUUUGGUCGAGCACGUGACGGCUGAGGUGGGUGAGGCGAGGAAGGGGUUGGAGGAGACGGUCAUUAAAUACAUCGGCGCUGUGCAGACCAACAUUGCCACCGCCGUCUCUCCCCGCUUCGUCGUUCAGCAGCCGCCGCCGACCGCCCCAGCGCAGGCCUUGUCGGCCGAGUUCCUGAAUUCCUUCAAGGAGGAUGUGCUGAAGGCGGUGACGGAGACCACGCAGCAGUCCUUUCUCACCUCCGGAUUGAAGAUAAUGACAGAGGUGGUCGGCACGGUGGCGACUGCUCGGCCCGAUUCGGCGAACGUGAAGCGGAGCAAGGGAGCCGGGGGGUCUCGCGUCGCCGGCGACGGGAGCAAGGGGGCCGGAGAAGGAGGCGGCGGGGGGGGAGACGGAGACGAUUCGGCGAGCGUGAGGCGGAGCAAAGGAGCGGGGGGUUCUCGCGUCGCCAUCGACGGGAGCAAGGGAGCCGGUGAAGGCAGUUCGGGGAAGCAGUCGGGGAAGAGCGUGGUCGACAUCCUCAAGAAGCACUGGGCUACUGUUUCAUCGCCCAGCACGGGCCAUGGUGGUGGGGGUCCUGCCGACGAGCAUGCCGCUGAUGACGCACGGCCAAGGGCUCCGCCUUCGGUGGCCGAGAAGCCACCACGAGAGGGUAGCGGAGAGAAAGGGCUGAGCGGCAAGGAAAAGGCCACCGCCAAAACGGCCGCUGGCGGUUCCGCGAAACCUGGCCAGGGGCCGACUCCCGGGGUAGCGAAGGCGUCAGCGGUUCCUCACCAGCCACCCGCGGGUGCACGCCCUCCGACCGGAUCGUCUGCCGGGCGACCUGCCGACGUCCCGCGCCAUGCCGACGUCCCGUCUGCCGACAAGGUUGGCCGCGCGGGGAAAGUGGCGGCAGUUGCUGACGCGCUAAAGGAGCAGCUGAGGCUCCUUGCCGGCCACAAGGCUGCUCAACAGCCUCCUCCCGCUGUCGACGUCCCAUCGGCCGGUGUGCCACGCGUGGUGCCGGUCGUCGCCGCCCGUACUCCUGCAGACCCAAAGUUCGCGUUGCUGCGCGCCCAGUUGGGCGCACUAGCGUCGACUGCGCCAACUCAGCAGGCAUCUGGCUCUGGCGCUACGCCGUCGUCGGCGAAUGUCGCACCACCCACCCCUGUGGCAGCUGAGGUUGAGAAAGCGGCGGAGAAGGGCGUUCGUGCCGCAAUUGCCACCGGCGGCGGCCCUGUUGAGGAGGUCCCCCCCGACGCGGAUAUCGCUGCCAUACAGGCCCAUCUGGAUGCUGCCAAACCCCGAACACUGGCCAUCUCCGACACGGCAUACGUGGAGCAUUCGGCGGGUCCCGUCGGCAGUUCAGCAGAGCCUAGUGCGAUCGGUGAUGCUGUCGGUGUAGGAAAGGCGAAACGGAAGGGGAAGGCGGGCUCACAGAGGAAGACGCGGGAGAGGUCGGAGGUGAAGGCGGCGGAUAGAGGGAAGGCGAAGGCGGCGGAGACAGCGGCGGACAAAGAUGGUGGCGGCUAUACGGGGGUGGAAGGGAAAGCGGGGGAGAAUCAGGAGAAGUCGCUCGGCGAGGGAAUGGGGAAGGAGAAGGCGGUCGGCGAUGCUUCGUCGAAGGGGAGAAAGGGAAAGAAAAAGGCGGAGGAGGAGGAUGAGGAGGUCGAGGAGGUGGAGGAGGUAGAGCAUGAGGAGGAGGAAGAGGAGGAGGAGGAGGAGGAGGAGGAGGAGGAGGAGGAGGAGGAGGAGGAGGAGGAGGAAAUGGGCAAGGAGAGGAGGGGUCAUGGCAUCCGACACGACAGCUUGGGCGACGGGCUAAGGUGGGUCGGCGAGAUUAAGGUGCAUGGCAUCAAUCGAUACAUCAGCAAGUCGCAUGACAAGAUGGAGCUCGCGUACGUGCACUCCAUCGCGUACGUCGUAUACGACGGUUUCGUGAGCAAGGUGCUCAUGUCCGAGCUCACCGUCUUGGACAGCGCCGAAUUGGAGAGGUGGAAGGAGGUGUGGGAGGAGGUCAAGAUCUUGCCGACAGGGAUGUGGACGGUGAUGUGGGCCUGGGGUACGCUCCUUCCAAAGACACGGCUGAAUGAUAUCCUCGACAAGUAUCGUCAUUACAAGGCCUCAGGCGAUGCUCUCCACACCGCGCUCCUGCCAGCGAUAUGGUACUCAGUCGAUGCCAACACCGAGGAUGGCCAGGAGAAGUCGGCGUCUAUGAUGUCGGCGAUGAUAGGUCGCGUGUCCAUGUGUGCUGCGUAUGGGAAGAUCGCUGCAAACACGGCGAAGGAGGGAGACAAGGAGGAGAAGACGGAUAUGGCGGCAUGGGCGUUAGCAGCGUCCGCAUGCGCUGUGUGGUGCUUCGUCGAGAACGGCGACGCCCAGGUGGCGGAUGCUGUGGAGGAAGGGAAGGCGGCGGUGCUUGUGGGCGGAGCAAGCCAGGCGACCGCCGAUGUAUUCGGAACUAUCAUGGAGGCGGUGCUGAACGUCGAGAUCAACAGGGACCGCCCCCUGGGAGAGGUUGCUUACAACGUCGCGCCAGCACUGCAGAGGCACGCCCUUGACAAGGUCUACCCGGGGGGGAAUGCUGGCGUCGAUGCCGACGUGGUCGCUAGAGCCACGGUCGAGACCAUGGCGUUGUGGGGAAUGUGCCCCGUCGCCAGGCCGAAACUCAAAGCGAAGGGUAUCGCGGUGCUAUGCGACGCGCAGAUGAAGGCCGAUCUUGACAACAGGGGGAGGAAGGGUCAGAGGGGCAAGAAGGGGACGAAGGCCAAGGGCGGCACGGGGAAGAAGGGGACGAAGGCCAAGGACAGCGCGGGGAAGAAGGGCCAGAUUGGGACGAAGGCCAAGGACAGCACGGCGGCGUAG